AUGGCGUCUCCUACGAAGAUGAUAUGCUAUAUUUUGCUGGGCCUCAUAUUUGUAUCGACCCUGAUCGACGGUGCGGUGGCGGAAGAGAAGUAUUAUAAUGGUGGGCACGGUGGUGGUGGGUAUGGUGGUGGAGGUCAUGGUGGUGGUGGGUAUGGUGGUGGAGGUCAUGGUGGCGGUGGACAUGGUGGGUAUGGCGGUGGAGGACAUGGUGGUGGAGGCCACGGUGGGUAUGGCGGUGGAGGACAUGGUGGUGGAGGGCACGGUGGGUAUGGUGGUGGUGGGCAUGGUGGUGGGAGAGGUGGGUACGGUCCUCCUGGCCAUGGCCAUGGACCUGAGAAUUAA